UUUAGUCCUCAAUUUAAAAAGCAAAAAUGUCUAAAGUUGGUGGAGUUUUAAAAUAUUUUUUAGAAAAGUUAAAACGUACUGAUCUAUUUAAAAAGCAUAGACCUAAGAUACAACUAUUUUUGCAUCCAUCGCAAAUAAAAGAUGUGGUAAAAUUGCAGUUUGGAAAAUUGUUGCUUAACGUUAUGCUGCACAAGUAUAAAUUACCACCUAUACGUCCUCACUGUACAAUAACAUGCGAUAGGGAGCCCGAACCAGAGAAGGAAGAAGUGAAACUAAAACCAUUUGUUAAGAAGGCUCCGAAAAUAUGGUAUCCCGAUCCUGAAUUUAUAAAUAAAUGGUCCGGUGUUGUUAUGUAUCCUGAAGGAGACAAUAUAUGUAAAAAACCGAUUUAUAAAAAUGUUAUACCGAUACCAACCGAUCGCACUUACCGAACUAAAUUUAUAAAUUUUGGACCGGCACAUCCAGCAGCACAUGGUGUUUUACGUCUCAUAGUAAAUUUAGAUAACGAAAUAGUAGAAGGUGCUGACCCACAUAUUGGAUUAUUACAUCGUGGUACCGAAAAACUGAUAGAGUAUAAAACGUAUAUGCAAGCGUUGCCUUAUUUUGAUCGGUUGGAUUAUGUUUCUUGUAUGGCGAAUGAGCUUUGCUAUGCUAUGGCAAUUGAAAAAUUGCUAAACAUAGAAGUGCCUAAGCGUGCAAAAUAUAUACGCACUUUAUUUUCUGAAGUUAUGCGUUUGACGAAUCAUACAGUAGCGAUUGGGUCAGCUAUACUAGACUGUGGCGGCAUAACUCCUUUGUUUUGGUUAUUUGAAGAACGUGAGAAAAUGUAUGAGUUCUGUGAACGUGCUUCUGGUGCACGUAUGCAUACCGCUUAUAUACGACCGGGUGGUGUGGCUUUCGAUAUACCAAUGGGUUUUAGUGAUGAUCUGUAUGUUUUUGCAGCAGGAUUUAUAGAACGUUUAGAUGAAUUGGAGGAUCUAAUAACUAAUAAUCGUAUAUGGCGUAUGCGUAAUAUAGGAAUUGGUGCUAUAACAGCACAUGAGGCAAUGAAUUAUGGAUGUUCUGGUGCAGUUUUACGUGCUACCGGCAUAAAGUGGGAUUUACGUAAAACGCAGCCAUAUGAUGCAUAUCCUGAAAUUAAUUUCGCUGUACCUGUUGGUAGUAAUGGCGAUUGCUAUGAUCGAUAUUUGUGUCGUAUUCAUGAAAUGCGUGAGUCUUGCAGUAUUAUUCAUCAAUGCCUGAACCAGAUGCCAGAGGGUGAGAUUAAGGUUGACGAUUACAAAAUAACACCACCGAGACGUCGAGAAAUGAAACAAGGCAUGGAGCAAUUGAUACAUCAUUUUAAGUAUUACACACAAGGUAUCUUUGUGCCACCAGGGACGACAUAUACCGCAGUUGAGUCACCGAAAGGUGAAUUUGGUGUUUAUUUGGUUUCAAAUGGUACAAAUCGUCCAUAUCGCUGCAAAAUACGUGCCGCCAGUUACACACAUCUGGCAUUACUUGAUAAACUAUCAAAGAAACAGUUCUUGGCUGAUUUAGUGGCUAUUAUAGGUUCACUGGAUAUUGUGUUUGGUGAAAUCGAUCGUUGAACUUUUAAUUUUACUAUAAUUAAUUUAAAGAUUUAUUAAAUUUAAAAAUUUAAUUACUUCAUGAAUA